AGCAAAUGCAUUUCCAAACAAUGUGUCAUCGGCUGCUUGUAAAUGGAGCGUUUCUUCAGGGAUUAACUUGAUACUUUCUUCUGUUGGAUUCGAAAGCCUUUAGACUGAAUGCAUAACUUGUACCCUUCAUAACAAGCAGUCUGACUUUCUCAUGUAUUAGCUGUGAGAAGUGGACGUUUUUGAGAUCAUUUUUUAUGGUGAAAGCACAUUUUCCACGUGGACUGACACACUGGAUUAUGAUGAUGAUUUGGUUAGUUUUGCUGUCACUGUUCUGCAAGAGCACACAAGAGGAAAACAGCCAAGAACAUGGUUACCUUAACUGUGGCCCUCAGAAUGUGACCCUUCUGCACUCUGGUCAGAUGAUCUUGUUAUGGGAAGACCAACCUUCAUGCUCUGCAGUCCGGGAUGUGCUCAUCUAUGAACUGGUUGUUUUCAGAGCGGGCCAACAAGUUAAUUAUGAUGAAGUUGCUGUGACACCUGACCAGAUAGAAUCAACCCACUACCGGAUCUGGACUUCCUUUUUGGACUUGGAAGGCGCUUCCAAUUCAGUCAGGCUUAGGUCCCGAUACAACAACCAUACAAGCCCUUGGAAGGAGCAGACAUUUCCUGGGAAGCAAACCUUGAAAGUACCAGAAAUUUUUCCAAAGGACAAGUGGUUCAUGGUUGGCAGUACCGUCACAUUCUACUGCAUUCUGCCUUCAACGGAAGCCUUCAGCACAAUGUAUCUGAAUACUGGAGAACAACCGAGCACUACCAAGAUCAACAAUCAGACAUAUGCCCUGACCGUCUAUCUGAAUCGGGCAUCAAAAAACACCUGCGACCAUGUAAAAUGUGAAACAAAGACAAACAAUAAUAAUGGUGCUUGUGUUUAUAUUGGCUACCCGCCUCAUUACAGAGACCUUCAGUGUGAAACCCGAGACCUGAAAUCAGUUGAAUGUCAGUGGACAGUAAGAGGAGACACAGACUUGCCCUUCAAAGAGCCAAAAGCUCCUCAGCUUCUGGGAAGCCCAUGUCUAAUGCUGUCUAAGGGCAGAUGCUCUCAAAAAGUGGAGAAAGUAGAUGUUGGUGAGAGAAACUGGACAUUGACAGCACAAAAUGAGUUUGGGAUGGUUGAGCUUUCAGACACCGCAGACUUAUCCAAGAGAGUGCACAUGUUUGCUCCUAAUGGAGUAAAAGUUUCGACUGUGAAUGCCAGAAGUGUCACCCUGCAGUGGAAUUUGGCGAAGCCACAGUACAACAAUCUCAAUAUUACUUGCCAAGUACGCAUGAGUUUUGGUGAAAUUUCAAUUAUUGGAAUUGGACUUAAUUCCACAGUUUUGAAUGACUUGAUACCAAAUUGGACAUAUAAUGCGACAUUAAGAUGUGGAUCAACACAACAUUUCUGGAAAUGGAGUGAAUGGAGCAAAAAAGUCUUCUUUCGCACCUAUGGUGAAGUUCCAGAUGCACUUGAUGUGUGGAUGCACAUGGAGGGCAACCACACUAAAAUUAUUUGGAAAAUGCCACAGGCCAAACAAAGUCAUGGACACAUCGAACACUAUGAAGUGACCUGGAGAAAGACCACAGAAAAUCACAACCAAAAUAGCACCAAAGUGGCUUUUAACAAACAAAGUCUUUCUCUCAGUCUGACCAGGACUAAAGAAUAUAUCGUCACAGUUACAGCUAGGAAUAUAAACGGCAGCUCACCUCCAUCCACCAUCACCAUUCCCAGCCUCAAUCCAGCUGGACACAGAGUGAAAACUUCUCGGAUUAUUGGCAGUAACGGGGGCUUCAACUUUUCCUGGUCUGCCAGUCCUGCAGCCAGCUGUGGAUACAUAGUGGACUGGUGCCCUACCUCAGGGAAUCACACUGAGGACUGGCUGAAAUUGCCUCCCAAUGAGACCUAUGCCAAAGUAUUUUCAAGAAACUUCACAGACGGAAGAAGAUACUCACUUUCCUUGUACGCCUGCACCCAGGGAGCUCCACUGCUACUGGAGAGAAGAGAGGGCUAUGUCACGGAGAAAAGUAUAAAAGAAGGCCUGUUUAAGUCAAUGAAGGGGAAACAGCAGGAUUCCAAUUUUGAAGUAUCCUGGGACCUUAUAUCUUUAGCAGAGCAGACUGCUUUCAUACAAGGCUAUGUCCUGUAUUGUUCGGACAACAACAAUUCAGUCAUCAGUUUCAGCACAGACGAUCCUGCCGCCACCAGCCUGAAAGCAAGAAACCUUAAAAUGGGUUUCUACAAAUUCACAAUGAAGGCACAAACAGCAGUGGGAGAAUGUGGUGCUACAUUCAUUACUGCCAUCUUGAACUCCCCGACUGACAACUUGAUAGGCGCAGUCCUUAUCCCCCUGCUCACUAUUUUUGGUCUCCUUUCCCUCACAAUUAUGCUUUGCUUCAGGCACUGGGCAUGUAUCAAACAGAAGGUCUUUCCUCCAAUCCCAAAGCCAAUGUUGACAUCAAUGGGUGAACAUGGAUGUCAUCUCCUUCAUGUGGAUCAGUGCCACCACAGUGAAGUACAUAUUAUGGAUGUUCUGGAGCUACAGUGUAGUGAAGAAACACCAACUAAUGGUUAUGUCUGCAAGGAGAACAUAUUAUUUGUUUUUGCCAACACUCCAAAGGGUUACUACAACCAGCCCCAGAAAAAGUACCCCCCGGAACCCCUGACCACAACAACCACAGAACUCCCAUCUCUAAAAGGAUUACCAUCUUCUCCAUUUGGAAGUGUAUUUUCUAACCCAACUUACAACCUGAAUAUUAAGCCUGGUGAUCAGCUUUCCAGUUCAUUUCCUGAGCUUCAGGAACGAAAAAGUUUACAGAGAAGCAUGGAUGGAUAUCAGCCUCAGGAUCUCACAGAAACCUUUAAUAUAAAUCCGACAGAAGAGGAUCCAGGGAAACCUAUGUCCUGUGUCUUCACUUAUGUUUUGUUACCACAAUCACUUUCCAAAUAGGUGUUUCAUGGAAAGCCUUUAUAAAUAGCACAGCCAAAAGACUCCGUACGACACAUUCAAAUAAACAGUCAUUGCAGUGAGUGCGAUCACUGCAAUUACUUGACAACUAAAUUCUUGCUAGAAAUGUGUGAAGGUAUCACUCAAAUCAAUAUUGUGUAAAAGACAGUUUUUAUUUUUAAUCAUACUAAACAUAAACAUGCUUUCCAAUGUGUCAAAAUGACUGUGGUUCCUCUCAUUCACAGCUCCUGAGUUCCAAACAGAACAGAAUAGUGUGGCCUUAAAUAGAGGCUCCAUCAGUCAAAACAGAUGUGCUCAAUUGGAUCUGUCAAAACAGCUGUGCUCAAUUGGACCGUACCAUAUACUGCAUGAGCAUGGUUAAAAAUAAUUUCUUAGAAUCAAAUAUGUAAUUGUUUAGGGCUUCAAUGGUCAAAAGUAGUAUCAUAUGAUGACGUUUUUGAUUUUUUUGUGCUUAAUUAUUUACAUUUGAAUAAUGUGUAGUUAUUUAGAUCAGCGGUCCCCAACCACCGGGUCGCAACCCGGUACCGGGCCGCGGGCCAUUAGGUACCGGGUCGCGACAAAACGUUUGAAUUUUUCUUUUUUUUAAUUGAUUAUCAGUCUAAAUAUGUUUUAUUUUGAAAAGUGACUUCUGGCGGAAUGGCGCAUGCGUCUGUGCCUCUUGACAGGUCUCGGUCACGUGAUACGUCACCAGCCGUUACCGCGAAAAUUAAACCGACAAGAUAGCAAAAAUGAGUAAAAAACAAACAUCUUUGGCGAGCUUCUUUGGAAAGGGGAAAAGGCCCAAUGAAGAGACAGAAGAAGAGCCUACGACUUCCAAGAAAAGUAAAUCUGCAUUUAAAAGACAAUACCAGGAGUCCUACUUAAAAUACGGGUUUAUCCUUACAGGUGAUUCUCAUGCACCGAGCCCGCUCUCUGUAAUAUGUGGCGACAAGCUGGCAAAUGAGUCAAUGAAGCCUUCAAAACUGCUUCGGCACCUGGAGACCAAGCACCCUGCAUUAAACAACAAGCCUUUGGAGUUUUUUGAGAAAAAAAAACGUGAACAAGAAGGGCAGAAGCAAUUACUGAUGGCCACCACAUCAACAAAUGUGAGUGCACUGAGAGCAUCAUACUUAGUGGCUAAUCGUAUUGCUAAGGCGAAGAAAACUUUUACUAUUGGUGAAGAAUUGAUCCUGCCCGCCGCUAAAGACAUUUGCCGUGAACUUCUAGGAGAGGCUGCAGUUAAAAAGAUAGCACAGGUUCCUCUUUCAGCCAGUACCGUCACUAGGCGAAUUGAGAAUAUCGCAGAGGAUAUUGAGGAGCAGUUGUUGGAGAGGAUUAAUAAGUCACCUUGGUACGCGAUCUAGGUUGACGAGUCUACUGAUGUUGAUAACAAGGCGACACUACUUGUUUAUGUGCGAUAUAUAUAUCAGGAGGAUGUGCAGGAGGAUAUGUUAUGUGCACUAUUGUUGCCAACCAACACCACAGCCGCAGAACUAUUCAAGUCUCUGGAUGAUUACAUAUCAGGAAAACUAAAUUGGUCCUUUUGUGUGGGCAUAUGCAUGGACGGAGCUGCUGCUAUGACCGGACGGCUUUCUGGUUUAACUUCUCGGGUAAAGGAGGUUGCACCUGAAUGUGAGUCAACGCACUGUGUCAUUCACAGGGAAAUGCUGGCUAGCCGAAAAAUGUCACCUGAACUCAACAGCGUGUUGAAUGAUGUCAUUAAAAUGAUUAACCACAUCAAAGCGCAUGCCCUUAACUUGCGUCUGUUUGAGCAACUUUGUGAGGAGAUGGACGCGGAGUACAAACGCCUUCUCUUACACACUGAAGUAAGGUGGCUAUCUAAAGGCAGAUAAUUGGCAAGAGUGUUUGAAUUACGUGACCCGCUGCAGAGGUUUUUUUCAGAAAAAAAGUCACCACUGGCAGCACAUUUCAGUGACAAUGGGUCACAAAACUCGCUUAUUUGUGCGACAUAUUCAACCUGCUCAAUGAACUUAAUCUGUCACUUCAGGGGAAAAUGACAACUGUCUUCAAGUUGGCAGAUGAAGUAGCUGCAUUCAAAGGCAAACUGGAUUUGUGGGGACGGCGAGUGAACCGAGGGAUAUUUGACAUGUUUCAAACAUUGUCGGGGAUUUUGGAAGAGACUGAGCCUGAUCCAUCAUUCUCCCAGCUGGUGCACGAUCACCUGUCUUUGCUUUUGAAAGAGUUUGAGCAGUACUUCCCGACCACAAAAGACCCACGGACUGCGAAAGAAUGGAUCCGCGACCCAUUUGUGAACAAACCUGGUGAAUCGAACCUGUCCGUGCAAGAAGAAGAUCAACUGCUGGACAUUGCAAAUGACAGUGGCCUUAAAAGUACGUUUCAGACCACAACUGUGCCAGAGUUCUGGAUUAAAGUCAUGGCAGAAUAUCCAGAGAUAGCCGAAAAGGCAUCGAAAACCCUGCUUCCAUUCCCAACCUCUUAUCUUUGUGAAGUGGGAUUUUCUGCAGUGACGGCAACGAAAACAAGACUACGCAGCAGACUGGAUGUACGGAACACACUUCGGGUGUCAUUGUCUCCCAUUACCCCAAGAUGGGACCAGCUCGUUGCAGAGAAACAAGCUCAGGGCUCCCACUAAUUGUCAUUAUUAUUAUUAUUAUUUUAUUGACUUGUUCAACUUGUUAUAUAGAAGUUAUUAGUAGGCCUUUUUCUCCUACGUUGAAUGCACUGAUGCGCAGUCACUUGAAUCGAGCUUUUAUUAUAAUUAUUUCUUAUUAGAAAGGAUUUUCGUUGUAAAAUAAAUAAUUUCGUUCACAGAGAUGUUGUUGAUUAUUAAUUUAUUAACAAAAUGUUGUUUAUUGUCUGUUGAUGUUUGCAUUUGACAUAAAACCACUGCGGAUGAUUUAUUAUUAGACUACAGCCGUCCUGGCGAUGCAUCAUUAACGAUAAUCGAGCAAAUGUAGGCCGAGAAAAUGAAGGCCGGUCUGAGAAAAUAUUGUCUUAGAUGAAACCGGUCCGUGGCGCAAAAAAGGUUGGGGACCGCUGAUUUAGAUUACCUUAAUUAAUUUGAUAAAGUUUGGCAAAUGGGGAGGGGCUUAAUGAAUAAACCUCUGGCCACCAAUGCUUUUGGGGAGCCUAAUGGUGGCUGUAAAGCAGAGAGCUGUCUGUGAAAAAUGUGCUGCAAGAUAUAUAUAUAUUUAUGUUUUUUUUUUUCUCUCUGCAUUUUGAGUGGAUGUUCAUGUAAUUUUGAUUUUCAACGUUUUUCUGUAAAUAAAAGCUCUAAAAUAUA